GACCAAAAGAAUAGUGAGCCUGAUAAGAUGACACCCGAGACUUCCGAAUAUGAAGCGCCUCCACGCGCACCGUCCGAUGUGAGAGCCGAGCUCAAACGCCUGCGAGAUGAAAUUGUCCUAAAGGCACAUCUAAACCUAGAUCGCAUCGACGAUCACGAGCAGGUAGCUAGCCCCGACUUGCUUGCCAAGUGGAGGAAUGGACCAGGAACAGACCCUGAAUCCGCUCGGUACAAGUUUCUCAUGCAACGACGCGGUGCCGGUAGAAUUGAGGCGGAUCUCAGACCUUCAGCGCCACCCCCAGUUGAUCCCGCUUUACUCGUAGAAGAAGAGGAGACAGGAGAGAAGGCUUGGCGCUCCGGCAUCACUAGGGACGAUCCGGUUUUCAAAGCUCAGUUUGCGGCGCAGUUCCCCCCAUACAGAGAGUCCGAGUCGACCUACCCUAGACUGGUUGAAGGCAAAAUUAUUUUGACAUCAGAGCCCAGCGAGGAACAGAAAGCAUUGAAGGAGAAGAAUUCCAAGCGCGACAAGGUAGUUCCGGUGUCUUUUGAUGACUCCCAGUUGUUGCUUGCGCGCUGGGACUAUGCCCCUCGAGUAGACGCCGACCAGCCACAGUGGCGGCGCUCUUUUGAGUCUUGGCUACAGAGAGCGCUUGACUCAUCUCGCGUGGUAGAUGUCCACCGCGAGGCAUUUUUCACCGGGCAGGCUUUGCCAGACGGUACACACGAGAUGUACAAACCAAAUUGGUCGUAUGAUUGGACUUGGCCUGACCCCACCGACGAGGAAGGACGUCUGCAUCAACAUGAGACUAGCCAGGGAUAUGUUGACAAUAGGCUGGCCCGGAUCAAAGAAGAUAGGGAAGUGGAAGCACGUCUAGCUCAUGAGCGCUGGCUAGCCGACGUCGAGUUCUACAAGCGUUACCCGAAGCCCGGAGAGACGAGACAAGAUUUGUACCUGCGCCCAGUCGAAGACAGCGAUGUUGAGCAGCUUGCGCGCAUUUUUAGCUGGUUUUCCGAAAACUCCCCAAUGAGCUUAGAUAUCGGGGUCAUAAGUGAGGAAAUCGUCCGGAACCGCAUCGCAGAUGUCAAGAAAUACCGACUGCCAUUCAUCGUGGCCGUGGAACGUCCUACGCCCGGCGAGGAUGCAGAUACCCCCAGCAAGAUCCUAGGAUUUGCGCUUGCCAUCGACCAUGACGGACCGUGGACUACAGGCCAGUUCGCGGUCAAGCUCGAGUUCUAUAUGAUGCCAAGGGAGCAACAGCACGGAGUCGGAACCUGCCUGAUGGACAAAAUGCUCUCGGUAUUGGACGACAGGUACGUACCCAAACGUGGAUACCAUUUCCGCUGCUCGCAGGAGGACGACAAUGCCUACCGUCCGGGCGGUCUGCGUGACAUGGCUCGAGUCAUCGUGACAUGCGGUUUCCCUUGGUCGGAGCGUGAUCAUUACCAGUACAUCCGCACCUGGCUCCAGCGGAAGUGGGAUUUCACCGAGCAAGGCCACCUGCGUGGGACACGCUUGAAGUUCGAUAGCCAUCUUGAUGUGAUCUAUUUGGUUCGCAAUUUGGGCUGAAAUGAUCAUUGUCGAAUUGCGAGUCGCCAUAUUUCGCCGACCAACAAACCUCUCUCGUGGACUAGCUCCGCUUGUGGGUUGUCAAUCUCUUUUGUCUUUUCAUAUCUAAUCAACAGACCCGUGAUUGAUAUCAUUUGCCUUAUGAGUUGCCCUCCAGGCUGAUGCUCCCCUUGUCCUUUGAUGGUAUUAUCAGCUCUUUCCUGGACUAGAAGGCUGGAUAAAUUUGUUGUUGCCACAGUACGCGGUCAGAAGCAAAAAUCUCAGACAAAUCACAGAAUGGAUGCUAGUAUGUG